GGCAGCGCCAGCGCCCGCCGGCUGAAAGGACGAGGAGGAGGCGCUUUCCGCGGCGGAGGACGCGCACUGUGCCCGCCCGGCGGUGGAUGCCGGUGAGCCGUGAGCGCCCCGCGGGGCCGGCGGGCGAGGCGAUGGUGCGGGCGGCGGAGCGGCGCUGAGCGCUCCCGCCACCGCCGCCGCCUCCUCCUCCUCCCGCCGCGGACGCUGCCCCGGUGCCGGAUACAAAAUGGCGCUGCCGUCACGGGCGGCGCUGCUGCUGCUGCUGCUGGGGCCGCUGGGCUCGGCCGCCGCCGCGGGCUGCCCCGCCGGCUGCUCCUGCGGCGGGGACACGCUGGGAUGCGGCGGGCUGGCGCUGCCCGCCCUGCCCCGGGACCUGCCCCGCUGGCCGCGGCACGUAAACCUGAGCUACAACAAGUUGACGGAGAUUGAUCCUUCUGCCUUUGCAGAGCUGUCGAACCUGCAGGAAGUGCGCCUGGACAACAACGAGCUGACCACCAUUCCCUCCCUGGGAUCUGCUGCUCCCGGCGUCCGCUCCCUCCACCUGCAUCACAACAGGAUCCGCAGCAUUGAAGCAAGUCAGCUGCAGCCCUACGUUACCCUGGAAACCUUGGACCUGAGUUUCAAUGACAUCACGGAAAUCCGAAACGGCUGCUUUCCACAGGGACUUCACAUAAAGGAGCUCUACCUGGGGAGCAACAGAAUCAGCACCCUGGAGCCUGGUGCUUUUGAUAGUCUGUCACGGUCCCUGCUAACACUUCGUCUGAGUAAAAACAGGAUCACUCAGCUUCCUGUCAAGGCGUUCAGGCUACCCAGGCUAAUACAGCUGGAGCUGAACCGGAAUCGCAUCCGCCUGAUCGAAGGCCUGACAUUCCAGGGACUGGACAGCUUGGAAGUCCUGAAACUCCAGCGCAACAACAUAAGCAAAUUGACUGAUGGAGCUUUCUGGGGUCUAGCCAAGAUGCAAGUUCUCCACCUGGAAUAUAACAGCCUGACAGAAGUAAACAGCGGUUCUCUCUAUGGCCUUUCCUCUCUGCACCAGCUUCACCUCAGUAACAACUCCAUAUCCCGCAUCAACCCCGAUGGCUGGAGCUUCUGCCAGAAGCUGCAUGAGCUAAUACUUUCCUACAACAACCUGACCAGGCUGGAUGAGGGAAGCUUGGCAGACCUCGGAGGACUGCACGUGCUGCGGCUGAGCCACAAUUCCAUCAACCACAUUGCAGAAGGUGCUUUCAAGGGACUCAAAAACCUCCGUGUCCUGGAACUGGACCACAACGACAUCUCAGGCACGAUAGAAGAUACCAGUGGAGCCUUCACAGGCCUGGAAAACCUGAGCAAGCUAACUCUGUUUGGAAACAAGAUCAAGUCGGUGGCCAAGAAAGCGUUCUCAGGGUUGGAGGCCCUGGAGCACCUGAACCUCGGGGACAACGCCAUCCGCUCCAUCCAGGCCGACGCCUUUGCCAGGAUGAAGAGCCUGCGGCAGCUCCACAUUAACAGCGACAGCUUCCUCUGCGACUGCCAGCUGAAGUGGCUGCCCCAGUGGUUAGUGGAGAAGGAGCUGCAGUCCUUUGUGGUGGCCACCUGUGCCCAUCCUGAGUCACUGAAAAGCAAGAGCAUUUUUGCCAUCCUGCCAGAAAGUUUUGUGUGUGAUGAUUUCCCCAAGCCGCAGAUCAUCAUCCAGCCCGAGACCACAGUGGCAGUCCUUGGGAAGGACAUCAGGUUCACCUGCCUGGCAGCCAGCAGCAGCAGCUCCCCCAUGAUGUUUGCCUGGAAGAAGGACAACGAGAUGCUGCACAACGCCGAGAUCGAGAACUUUGCCCACGUGCGGGCGAAGGACGGGGAGGUGAUGGAGUGCACCACCAUCCUGCACCUCCGGCACGUCACCUUCGCGCACGAGGGGCGCUACCAGUGCAUCAUCACCAACCACUUCGGCUCCACCUACUCCAACAAGGCCCGGCUCACUGUUAAUGUGUUGCCCUCAUUUAUCAAAACUCCCCACGACAUCACGAGCCGGACGGGGACGACGGCGCGGCUGGAGUGCGCGGCCGAGGGACACCCCACGCCGCAGAUCGCCUGGCAGAAGGACGGCGGCACCGACUUCCCCGCGGCCCGGGAGCGCCGCAUGCACGUCAUGCCUGACGAUGACGUCUUCUUCAUCACGGAUGUGAAGAUCGAGGACAUGGGUGUCUACAGCUGCACGGCACAGAACUCGGCGGGCUCCGUGCUCGCCAACGCCACCCUGACCGUCCUGGAGACACCAUCCUUGGUUCAUCCCUUGGAAGAUCACGUGGUGUCCGUGGGUGAGACCGUGGCUCUCCAGUGCAAAGCCACGGGGAGCCCCCCGCCCCGCAUCACCUGGCUGAAAGGUGACCAGCCCCUGGUCGUGACAGAAAGGCACCACUUCACCUCUGGCAACCAGUUGCUGAUUAUUAGGAAUGUUGUCUUGGAGGAUGCUGGGAAGUACACCUGUGAGAUGUCCAACACCCUGGGGACGGAGCGCGCGCACAGCCACGUGAGCAUCCUGCAGUCCCUGGGCUGCAGGAAGGACCGGACCACGGUGGGGAUCAUCACCAUCGCCGUGGUGUGCAGCAUCGUGCUCACCUCCCUGGUCUGGGUCUGCAUCAUCUACCAAACCAGGAAGAAGAGUGAAGAAUACAGCGUCACCAACACAGAUGAGACUAUUGUGCCUCCUGACGUGCCAAGCUACCUGUCCUCCCAGGGGACUCUGUCGGACCGGCAGGACGUGGCCAUCAGAGUGGACACCCAGCAGCCCAACGGGCACAUCGACAGCAACGGUAUGUGUCAGACUGAUGCUGGAAGGUGUCCAGAUGUUGAAGCUCCCGCUGUAGGUUGCAGACAGCCCAAGCUGUGUAUCAGCUAUAAUAAAGACACUUGGAAAACUGAAGACAUGGCUGAUGGAAUGCUUGUUCCAGAUAAGACAGGCUACGGGCUGCCCGUGGUGUGCACGGACUGCAGCAGCAGCACGGACAGCAUGAACGUCCACAUUUACCCCAGGGACUCCGAGUACUACCCCGAGAGCCUUAAGACUGUGGAAAACCCCCACCCCAACGCACUGAGCAGCAAGGAACGGAAUAGGAAGAGGGGUGCAGGCACCAGCCUUCUUCAUCCUCAGCCCUGCAACGGGAUUGCCAGCGGCAAGAGGGUGGAAACAGACGGGACCCUCUACCCCAGCAACCACGACAGGAUAAGGCCUGUGAGCUCGGCCAGCCCGCUGCUCACAGACACACACGGCUCUUCACAGGCAGCAGCAAAGCCUUCAGAGCUUAACAACCUUAAUUUGGUGAGAGCUUCACCAGCAGGAGGGUCAUUAAAGCAACUGAAUGUGCUUCCUGAGAUGCCCCCAGCACUACUGGACCUGCAGGGUGAAGCAGAGGUGGAGCAGGUCCUGCUGCCCAGCGGAGCCCAGCCCUGUGACUCCGCUCACGAGCCCAAGCCACCGACCAGGUCGCCGGACUGAGAGCACAGACUGACGGUGCAAAUUAACAAACACACUAUCUUUUUUUUUUUUUUAAAUUUUUUUUUUUUGCACAGAGUAUAUAGGCUACUUACUUCUACCUCGAAUCUCGAACUGAUGACCUGUCAAAGGCAACCGACUGAGGUAUGAGAAACAAGCUUGUAUGGGGAACAAACUCCUGUUCGAGCGUCAUCUGAUUGUACAUAGUUUAAAACUUCCCUGAGAAGUAUGAAGUGUUCAAAAGUCAACUUGCAUAUGAAGCACAUAAAUGCAAGGGAUUAUUGUGUAAAGAGAAAAGUAUUUGAUACAAUUGUACAUAAGAGUUUUCAUAUAUAAAUAUAUAUAUAUAAAUAUAUAUAUAUCUUUUACAGAGGCUAUUUUAAUCUUUAGUGCAUGGAAAACUGAGUGAAAUUUUACAAUUUUGGCAAUAUUGUUUUCAGUAUCAGGUUGCUGUUAAACUUUGUGAGAGAAAUAAUUCUGGUGCCUUAAAUGCAUAAACCGAACUUUAAAAAGCCAGACUGUUCCAAAGGGACUGUCCUCUUUUCAAUGGAAGAUCCUUUACAUCAAGUACACCUGGGCUGGGGCAAUCCCAGGUAGAGGUUGGGCAGAGAAGUGACCAAGAGCAGCCCUGUGGAGAGAGACUUGUAUUGGUGGAUGAGAGGCUGGACACGAGCCAGCCAUGUGCAUGUGCAUGAUUCUAAAUAUCAAUUGGGUUACUUAGCACAAAUUUCCUUCCCCUUUGAAAUUUAUUGCACUUAACACAUUUAAACAGAGAUCUUCAACUGUUUCAAAUGAAGUUUAUAAGGAAAAAAAGCAGUGGGAAAUUACAUAGCAACCUGAUAUUUUCCUGUUGGUGGAAGAACUUAAAUUCCUUUAUUUUUCAAAACUGCAUAAAAAUUAGUAUUUGAACUGUGACUGUGUGAGAUGUUAGAGUGGACCACACAAGAGGCACUAAAUAACUCAGCAACAGUGUGGAGCCCCAAAACAACCAGAGGAAAAGGCUGUCAUGGCUAGGAAGCAGUCGUUACCAAAAUAAAUAACUUGUGCAGUAAACCAGGGGUGGUCUCACACAGUGCACCUUUCAAAAACAUCAUCACAGAAGGUGUUACCUGCCAUGUGAGCUGUCACAGCACUGAUCACCACAACACUCGCUCCCAGAGGAUCCAGCUUUACCUGCCUGAGGUGCCUGUAACGAUCCAGCCUUGCCCUGCUUAGAGGGAGUAACUCGUGCCAGUAUAAUGCAUUUUCACACCCAAAAAAUACAUCUGUUCUGGAGGGGGUUGGAAACCAUAGAGCUGUUUUGUCAACAAAACUAAAUCGCACUCCUAAGGGGACAGCUGUACCAUGAAUUCAUACGAUGCUUUUUUCCCCCUGCAACACAAUAUUACACUUUGUAGUUGAACACCACUGGCCCCAUCUGCAGCCAGACUCUGUAUUAUGAAAAUGUCACCUUCAAGUGAGUUAUGCUGCCUCGUGUAGCAAUUCUGGGCUAGUCAGAAAUACACUCAUUUAGAAGGAGAACCGUGCAUUUAUGGUUGAAUAGACUGUUAAAUGGCAAUGUCCCAAAUAUUUUUAUGUGGUCUUUUAAGUUCAUCCAUUAAUUGUGGGGGAUAAAGAAAUACCCACCUCAGUCAAACAGAUCUUUGUCACUUCUGACUUCACUGUGACGCUUUUAUUUAUAGAAGGGCUGCUUUCCAUUGGCGUCAUGACCUGUGGAUGGAGGACUCCCAGUUCUUUGUGAUUUGAGUUCUGCUAACAUGAGGUUCCUAACUCUGGUGAUGACUACUUGGGGGAAGGUUUAUUAGGGGGGUUUGUUACUUUUUUCCUUAGGAGCAACUCAAAUGCCAGUUCCACUGAGGGCGAGUCUGGUGGGAAUCCACCUUUGCUGGGACUGGGGCUCAAAACAAGCAUCAGAGACAAGGACAGAAACACUUAACUUUCAGUUCAGGUCUGCCUAAGUGCUGCCACACCUGUGGGCUUCCAGGGAUGCAAGGUGCCCCUUGGUGUUAUUAGAAGCUGGUCCUGCCCAGCCUUACCUUGAGGGAAGGACCUCACCUCUGUGCCCAGCAGCUGCUGAGAGUGUCAGUGCAGAGCAGCAGCUGCCCCUGGAUGAAUCGAGGCGUAAUUCAGCCAGUACCUGUCUGUACCAGUUCCUGACUAUUGACACGUUUGCACUUUGAGACAGGUGGUGAAUUAUGUUGAGUGCCAAGUUUAUUCAAAGCAAAGGAAAUGGAUGUUAGAAAAUUAUAAACCGAGCAUAGUUUUCCCUUUGCCGAAGGGAAAAGUGCUCCAGAACCGGCUCAUGGAACCAGGGACACAGGGAAGAUGGGAAUGAUACAGUGGAUUCAUUUUGCUGGCGGAAAUGUCAUCACCAUUGCGGAUACAAAAGCAUAUUUGCCACGUUAACAUUUGAAAAUAAUGUUUCUGAAUAAAGUUAACUGCCUAAUGUUAUGACUUCCACUAAAUAUGUGAAUUUGCUGCUUCUAAGAGGCAAUGUGAAAGAGGAAGUAUUACUUUUGUGUACAAAGUUAUUUAUUUAUUAGAAAAUUUGGUACAAUGUUGUACAUUGAAAAACAUGUAAGAUAUUGAAGUGUCUAACAAAUGGCAUUGAAGUGUCUUUAAUAAAGGUUCAUUUAUAAUAUUACAGCUGUUUUGUUGAGAGUGAGCUUUUGGGAGUUUCAGUUGAAAAUGAAAUAAAAUUCUAAUCCAUUGCUA